AUGCCGGGAUGGGCCCAUGAGUGGGAAGAUAUGACGAAGAUGCAGAGACAUUUUCAUAUUGUUGCGGCGGGAGAUUGGAGAAUGGGCCCGGUGUUUGAUGUUAAGAGUAAUUAUUCGGAUUAUUUUGGGGUACCGCUGUUUGAACCGAAUGAUGUGGGUCUGAAUGGGGUUCAUAGGAGAGAGGUACGUGGAUUGGAGAUUCCAGGUUUGAAGGAAUUGGAGUUGAGGUUUAGAUCGGAGGGCUGUGAGGGAGAGGAUGGGUAUGAGGAGAGAGAUCAACGGAGAUGUUCUGAUGAGGAUUUCAAGACUGGAAGUCCGACAGAAUAUGAUAGUGAUGGGUUUCUAUAUGAUGAUGAUAAAUGCGGAGAGGUUACAGGAAAUUUCGAUGCAACAGAAUCGACAGCUUCCGAGGCGGAUCGAUUCUCUCGCCAUCUUUCUGAAGUAUCUCUGAGCAAUAGAUCUGGCGAUGGAUCCGAAGGAGAUUAUGCGGGUUCUAUUGUCGAGGGAUAUGGCAUUACAGAUGAACAUCGUACUGGCACCAACACCAACGUACGCAUCGAUGAUAGUUUUCGAGGACGCAUGGCACGUAGCUACACCUUCAACAGCAGAUUCGGUCAAGAGAUAUGUGCGCCCUCUCAUGCAGAUAGUCUCAUCAGCGAAGAACCAUACGAUACCGACGACGACGAAAACUACGAAAGCGACGAUGGGGUAUCUGCCAAUUAUUCUUUCGGUAAUUCCUCAUACCAUGGUACGGAAUGUCAAGAAGACUACGCAAUCGGUACAUCGAAAUUCGCACCUCACGCAUUCCAACUCUAUCCUCCGUACGAAGCAGCUAAUGAUUGUACCACGAUUGGUAUUGCGCCUUCGGAAAUACAAAAUGCGCGUCCUGCGUCCUGGGAUGCGGAUUUCAUGGAAGAUAUACUCGGCUAUUCCGUGCACGAAGAAACUCACAAACCUCAUGAUCCAACUGCUGAAAUGGUAAUAAUGAGUUAUCUCGAUCCUGUUCCCACAUCAAGAAGAUCUUCAACCGAUGCAAAAUCGAGAUCGAGAUCUUCGACAGGUUCAUUAACACCCGUUCCGUCGCCUACAAAGUCUGCAAGAACCACUAAAUCUUUCGUUCCAACUGUAAAAUCACUUUCCCGAGCUUUCGCGAAGAAUAGAUCUCUCCCCUCAACACCAGAAGACGCAUCAUGCGAAACCUCUUCGAAAUCCGCAUCCAAGAGCGCAAGCUCCCUCCGCAAACCUUCACUCUCAACUGCCAACAUCGCCAAACUCAACAACCACAAACACAAAGAAAGAUCCUCCCUUCCCAAACCUCCCAGCCACAAAACCAAAAGCAUACGCUCCAAAACCACCCUCUCCAAGAUCUCCAUCAAAGCCAAAUCCAAAUCCAAACCCAUCCUCCUUUUCAAACCCCGCAAAUCCAAGAUCCCCGCCCCACCCAGCUCCACCUCCUCCAGCAACUCCAACACCUCCUACGUCGAUCUCACGCGUUCCGGAUCCGCAUAUGCAGUGCCCCCCGCCCAAUCCCUGAUUCUCUAUCUCCACGGCCGCGGAUUAGGCGCAGAUCAUAUUGCGUAUGUGAUGCAGUCGCUCGAUGAGAAAUUUCUGUAUGAUUCGAAUUCGAAUUGGUGGCCGCUGGAUUAUGGAUCUUUUGUUUCUGAGGCGAAACCUAUGAGUUAUUCGCAUCCUGUGGGAAAUCCUACUGUCGAUAUUCCUCUGUGCGCUAAUCCCUCUUCGCUUCCUCCACCUUCUUCUCCCCAACCUUCCCUCCCUCCAAAAACAAACACAAACCCCAACACAACACCAAUCCGUUUCCCAUCGCACACACUCUUCACCCCCUCCACCGUCUCCCAAAUCCUACAAAGAUGCAAAAGAGAAGAAGAGUGGUGGGAGCCUGUCGACGCGCGUGAUCCGGAUGGGAAAGUGUUACCAGAGAGUUUUCGCUCUUUGAAAAAGGGGAUGAGGGUUAGGAAGGCGAGGGGGCUGGUGAGGAAGACGGUGGAGAAUUUUUUGUGGUGGAGGAUUGGUGGGGGUGUGGGGGUGCCGCAUGGGAAUUUGAUGAGGGGGUAG